GAUAAAAUGUGAUGAGCCCUCACUGAAAAUAUAUUGAGAGUUUUAAGUCUUUGUGUGAACACUGCACAGACUGCAAAGCAUCUGUAACAAUGAAGCUGCUGCUGGCAGGAAUCGCUCUGUUUCUAGUUGUGGAAACUCAAGCUCAGUGGUACAACUUUCCUGUUGAAGCUGCUCAAGGAGCUUAUGACAUGGGGCGAGCAUACAGUGAUAUGAAGGACGCUAACUGGAAAAACUCUGACAAAUACUUUCAUGCCAGAGGAAACUAUGAUGCUGCACGGAGAGGAGCUGGAGGUAGAUGGGCUGCUGAGGUUAUCAGUAAUGGUCGAGAGUGGGUAAACGGGAACUCGGGUCAAGGUCCUGAGGACGAGGCGGCUGAUCAGGAGGCAAAUCGCUGGGGACGAGGAGGAGGAGAUCCCAAUCGUUACAGGCCAGCAGGUCUUCCUGAAGAAUACAGUUUUAAGUCUUUGUGUGAACACUGCACAGACUGCAAAGCAUCUAUAACAAUGAAGCUGCUGCUGGCAGGAAUCGCUCUGAUUCUAGUUGUGGAAACUCAAGCUCAGUGGUACAAGUUUCCUGGUCAAGCUGCUCAAGGAGCUUAUGACAUGGGGCGAGCAUACCAUGAUAUGACGGACGCUAACUGGAAAAACUCUGACAAAUACUUUCAUGCCAGAGGAAACUAUGAUGCUGCACAGAGAGGAGCUGGAGGUAGAUGGGCUGCUGAGGUUAUCAGUGAUGGUAGAGAGUGGAUACAGGGGAAGAUGGGUCAUGGUCAUGAAGACACAGAGGCUGAUCAGGAGGCAAAUCGCUGGGGACGAGGAGGAGGAGAUCCCAACCGAUAUAGACCAGAAGGUCUCCCUGAUCAAUACUGAAAAAGCCACUGACAUUAAAAUGCUAUUAAGCUGCUGUAAAUCAUUUCUAGUGUUUGUGUUUUUUACAAAAU